UCGUUUUCUAAGGUAACGUGAGGUAUGUUUUCUCCAGAAUCACUUCCGGAGUACACAUGCAAUAACUGAGUUGUUGGAAAGUAUCCUAUCGAAGUUGGGAAUUAAUCCAAACCAAAGGUUUGUUUUGAACACACCUGGUUUCAUACGUAUUCUCUCUCCUGAGACAGCUAAGUGAACCAGUCCCAUCCCACAUCAUCUUCAGCCUGCCUGUCUCUUCCCUCCCGCGGAGCGAUGUCGGAACCGGGGCUGCUGACCGAGGUUCCCCCCGCGCUAAAGCGGCUCGCCCAGCAGGUGGUGCGCGGCUUCUACGGCGUAGAACACGCGCUGGCCCUGGACGUGCUCAUCCGCAACCCGUGCGUGCGCGAGGAGGACAUGCUGGAGCUGCUGAAGUUCGAGCGCAAGCAGCUUCGCUCGAUUCUCAACACCCUCAAGGCAGACAAGUUCCUUAAGUGCCGUCUACGCGUGGAGACGGCUGCCGACGGCAAGACCACACGCCACAACUACUACUUCAUCAACUACCGGCUGCUGGUGAACGUGGUGAAGUACAAACUGGACCACAUGCGUCGGCGCAUCGAGACAGAUGAGCGCGAUUCCACAAACCGAGCCUCGUUCAGGUGUCCUUGUUGCCUCAGCACGUUCACCGACCUGGAGGCUAACCAGCUGUUCGAUCCCAUGACAGGCACAUUCCGCUGCACGUACUGCCAGACGGAGGUGGAGGAGGACGAGUCUGCGGUGCCCAAGAAGGACGCGCGCACGCUCCUGGCCCGCUUCAACGAGCAGAUCGAGCCCAUCUACGGCCUGCUGCGCCAGACUGAGGACGUCAACCUGUCACAUGACCUCCUGGAGCCCGAGCCCUCCGAAAUCCCCGCCCUCAUGCACAGGCGAGAGCGUGCGGCGGCUGCUCUGGGCGCUGGUCCCCAUAAGGAGGCGUGGGCGUCGGCUCGCGGGCCGUCGUACGGGGACCUGUACACCCAGAAGGUGGAGAUCAGCCUGGAGCAGUCGGACGAGGCCCAGAAGAAGAACGCCACGCUGAGGGCACCGCCCGCCAGAGACCCGCCUGGAGCUCACCACAGAGCACUGCAGGCUUUACAGCGUCUGCAGGACGCACCUGAGAACACAGCUGCAGAGGUGGGGGCGGGCUCCGUGGAUGACGGACAGGGCCGCGGCGGCUCGGUGCGGGACGAGAACGAGGAAGUGAUGCGCGCGCUGCUCAUCCACGAGAAGAGGGGCGCGGGGGCGGCGCUUAACCCCCGGGCCCACAUCCCGGCUCCGGCCAACGCCAGCGACUCGGACAGCGACACCAGCGAAUCGGACGAGGAGGUGGCCGCUCCGGCGUUGCCGUCGGCGAUGAUGACCUCGGCGGCGUCGCGCGGCCUGGCCUCGGCGGUGAUGAACGAGGAGGACGACGAGGAGGAGUUCGAGGAGGUGUCGGAGGACCCGACUCUGAGCGUGGGCGGCAGGAUGUUCUCCUACCGGGAGGUCAGCCAGAGACCCGAGCUUGUGGAACAGAUGACCGCACAGGAGAAGGAGGCCUACAUCGAGAUGGGCCGCAACCUCUUCCAGGACAUGUACUAAACACACAGACACACACACUCUGGAGAUGGGAAGCAACCUCUCAGGCUGUUUUUUUCAAGACAUGUGCAUACACACACACACAGUCAUCUCCCAGGUCAAGUUCUUCAGCAGAAGCAGGAACACCACUGUCUUGUCUUGUCUUGUCUUGUCUUGUCUUGGCUGGGGAUCAUGUUUUUGACAGGACACACACACACACACAGAGUAAGAUGACUAUUGAAGGAACACAAUGGUGGCUGAUGGCUGCUUUGAUGUUGUCACGGUUACCAUCGGACCGGGAUGAGCUGCUAAAAUGGCCAAAUGAAAAUCUAUUCCAGAGGAAAACUGUGU